AUGAAGCCUGUGGUCGUUUGCCUUUCUGGCAAACGGAAGUGUGGUAAAGAUUAUGUGGGGAAUUUGUUGGCGAAUCGAUUAGAAAAGAUUGGUUAUAAAGUUAUCAUCUGUGGUAUAAGUUAUCCACUCAAGGAGGAGUAUGCUCAGUUGAAUGGUGUUGAUGCUGAACGCUUGAAAUACGAUAUACGGUACAAGGAAAUAUAUCGUCAAGAUAUGGUUGCUUGGGGCGAAAGGAUGCGAAGCAAUGAUCCUGGAUAUUUUUGCAGGAAAGUUUUCGUGAAUGCAGAUUCAGCCGAUGUAUUAAUUGUGACUGAUUGUCGACGAAUUUCUGAUAUUGAGUUUUUUAAAAUACAUUCUGGUUCCCGUUUAAGACUAUUGCGCAUCGAAACGACGUUACCAGUCCGGAAAUUGCGCGGUUUCGUAUUUGUCAGAGGUAUUGAUGAUCAAAUGACUGAAUGUGGUCUCGACGAGUAUACUGAUUGGGAUAUUGUACUUACUAAUGAUGUUCAGGUUGUGAACGGAAUACUGCCACUCAACUUAGAUGAAUGUUUAACUCGUCUUUGUUUUGAGAUACGUCAAUUGUUAUUGAGUCAGAAAUGA